UACCAUCAGUUGGUCGUCGUCUGUUCGUGUGGUAGGAAUAUCGACAAUUUUGUCCCGCCAAAACUGUUGAUAUUUUUUUAAAAACUCCGGACACUAUCAGUGUGAUAUUUUUUGUGAUUUUGAACGAGAUAGUGACAGAAGUUGGGCCUGAACAGAAGGGAGAGUUCCAGACAACUCUCCAGCAAUGAUGAAAUAAACGAAGGUAAGCCAACAUGACAGUCGCUGUGUCCUGCCAACCUUUCAGAUUGCCCCUUGACGACUCUACCCAGCUCUUCUCUACUUCCGGGGAGUGGGGGUCUGUAUAGGUAGUGACGGCAUGUAAUGGCCGGCUCCAUGCACACCAGCGACAACCCACCCAGGGAUUGGAAGCAGAGACUCUCGCUACGAGGUCCAAGGCGGUCUGUUAUAGAGGAGGAGCUGGCGGCCGCGACGGGGAAGCCCCGGUUUACGCGUCGCAGUCUCAGCCUUCGGCAACAUGGUCGGGCCGGUUUCGCGGGCGCCAUCAGGAGUCGGCAGGCGAGCCUGGAGCUGUCCAGCUCUCCAGCGCGGUCUGCCCUGCUGCCGGAGGUUCACACACCGCCGCCUGUACCCCGCAAGUCCAACUGGGAAGUCAUCGAACACUUCUCGUCUUCGUCUGGCUCGCUGACCCGUGGAAGUAAACCUGCGCAGUCGGCUACCCUCAUUGCGGUUGGUGUGUCCCGGGGUGCGAGCAUCAAGGAGGAGGAAGAGGAGGAAGCUGGCGGUGAUGUGGGUGAGGGGGGCAUGGAGGGAAGGGACCGGGCAGACGCCACGGACGCGGAGUCCAUCCUGCUGAUGACGUCACGGCCCAGCAGCGGAGCCAGUGCCACCUGGUGGCAUAUCCGGCGCCUGUUGCACCACCUGUGCAAGUCACACCGCUUCAAGAACCCGCAGGUGGAAAUGCUGUACCAGCGGUACUUCCUCCGCAUGAACCAGAGCAACAUGACGCACCUGCUCGUCCUGUUGCUCGCCCUGUGCUCGGUGCUUGGUCUCCUGCAGCUCAGCGCCGUGCUCUUAUCCAGCUCGUGGGGUGGCCGGGAGCCUGGGCUCAUCGCCGUGGGCAUGACUCUCACGUGCUGCGUCGCCGUGUACGCUGGGCUGGUGGCCAUACUUUCUCGUCCCGCACUGAAUGAGCUCUACUUGCUGGGCGUCUCUUACGUCGUGCUGGCCACGUUCCUGGCUCUAGAGGUGACCCUCGCCACGUCCACGCACCCCCGCGCUCCUUCCACGGGAGUCGGGGCCGCCAUGUUCUUCAUCUACCUCACGUACUCGCUGCUGCCAAUCCGCCUUCUGGAGGCAGUGGGGGCGGGCAUCGUGCUCUCGGCCGCGCAGCUGGCCUGCGUGCUAUAUCUGCACCACGAGGAUGCCGUCUGGAGGCAGGUGCUGGCGAACAUGGUACUGCUGACGAGCACCAAUAUCGCGGGUGUAUUCACGCACUACCCCAGCGAACUGGCGCAGAGACAGGCGUUCUUGGAAACGCGCCAGUGCGUGGAGGCUCGCCUCACCACCCAGCGGGAGAACCAGCAGCAGGAGCGCCUCCUUCUGUCUGUGCUCCCGCGUCACGUGGCCAUGGAGAUGAAGGCUGACAUUGCUGGUAAGCCGAAAGACACCAUGUUCCACAAGAUCUACAUCCAGCGCCACGAAAACGUCAGCAUCCUGUUUGCUGAUAUAUGCGGCUUCACAAGUCUGUCAGACCAGUGCACAGCUGAGGAGUUGGUACGCCUGCUCAACGAGCUCUUUGCCAGAUUUGAUCGCCUGGCUGCUGAGCACCACUGCCUUCGCAUUAAGUUGCUAGGAGACUGCUAUUACUGUGUCUCAGGGCUUCCUGAAGCCAGACCUGAUCAUGCGCAGUGCUGUGUAGAAAUGGGACUCGAUAUGAUCGACGCUAUAGCGCUGGUGCGUGAUGUUAUGGGCGUGAACGUGAACAUGAGGGUCGGUAUUCACACUGGCCGUGUGCACUGUGGUGUUCUGGGCCUUCGAAAAUGGCAAUUUGAUGUGUGGAGUAACGAUGUGACACUUGCAAACUACAUGGAGAGUGGGGGAAUCCCAGGACGAGUUCAUAUCACAAAGGAGACACUGCGGUACCUUGAUGGUGACUAUGCCGUGGAGCCAGGUCAUGGUGGCGAGCGGAACGCAUACCUGCGUGACCACAACAUCGAGACGUUCCUCAUUGUCCCAGCUGACACAUACCGUACAACCAAGCGUCCAGUCAACAAUUUCUCAAUGAAUGGAAGCAUCUCGAAGGAGCUGCGGGUCAUGGGCCACAGUUCACAGCAUGGCAAGCAUAGCAAAGUGGGGUUUGGGGAGAGUCUGGAGGAAAAAGACCCUGAGGAUGAGGUGAACGAAUACCUGAUGCGAGCCAUUGAUGCACGUAGCAUCGACCGUCUGAGGGCUGAGCACUGCAAGGCGUUCCUGCUGACCUUCCGGAGACCUGACAUCGAGGAGAAAUACUCAAAGGAACGUGACCGUAUGCUGUCAACAUACUUCUGCUGCUCCUUUUUCAUCUUCUUGUCCAUUGUCAUUGUACAACUGGCUGUCAUACCACACUCUCCCCUGAUGUUUGGCUGUUUUCUGGUUGGUGGAUGUGUCAUCACUCUGAUCAAUAUGGUGGUUCUCGUCGAGAAUAGCCGGAUAGUGCCUGCAGCCCUGCACUGGAUGUGCCAAAACCGGGCCAUGGCGCAGAUGCUAGCCGCUGCUGUACUGCUUGUUGCAUAUGCUGUCACACUGUCUCCAUUGUUUGCGCUUCAGUCAGAGCUGUGUCCAGUGAAGGUACUGCAGCAGCCCACUGUGCUGUCAAACUUGACUUUCACUGAAUGGCAACUGGAGCCACAACUGACAGAGGCUGCAGUGCCCUCCCCAUGCCCCCCACCUGUCACCGACCACAAUGAUUACAUGGACUACUUCACAUACUGCGUGAUGCUCGUAAUGAUCAUGUGCGCAGUUUACCAAAUCCUAAUUAGCCUCGCCAAGUUGGUCAUCCUGUCAUGCAUUGGUGCUGGCUACCUAGCACUCAUCAUGUUCCAUGCAGGGAACAGGAACGAGGUGCUGUGGUACCGCUACCUAACAGUGGUUGUUCUUCUCAGCUUUGUGGUGGCCCUUGUUAUUCACGGCCAGCAGACAGAGGCCACCUAUCGGCUAGACUUCCUAUGGAAGCUCCAGGCUACAGAAGAGAAAGAGGAUAUGGAGCAUCUACAGGCGUACAACCACAAGCUCCUGGCCAACAUACUUCCUGUCCAUGUGGCAGAGCACUUCCUGUGCAGUGACAAGCAUGCGGAUGUAAGUGUUGCUGCCUCCAUAUCUGACGAACUGUACCACGAGCAGUGUGAGUGUGUGUGCAUCAUGUUUGCUUCCAUCCCAAACUUCUCCGAGUUCUAUGUUGAGCUGGAAGGGAAUAAUGAGGGAGUGGAAUGCCUCAGACUACUUAAUGAGAUCAUCGCAGACUUUGACGAGUUACUUGCUGAACGUCGUUUCCGCUACAUCGAGAAGAUCAAGUCUACAGGUGCCACCUACAUGGCUGCCUCAGGCCUCACAAAGAGCACAUGUGACAUGCGAGGGUUCCAUCAUGUGACAGCAAUGGCAGACUAUGCACUGAGGAUACGAGAACAGCUCUCCUAUGUCAACGAGCAUUCUUUCAAUAACUUCAGAAUCCGGAUAGGGAUCAAUAUUGGACCAGUGGUGGCCGGUGUGAUUGGCGCUCGGAAACCUCAGUACGACAUCUGGGGAAAUGCGGUGAACGUGGCUAGUCGGAUGGACUCCACAGGAGUACUGGACCAGAUUCAGGUUACUCAAGAGAUGUACCAGAUCCUUCAUGCCAAAGGCUACCCUCUCACCUGUCGGGGUACCAUAAAGGUGAAGGGGAAGGGUGAUAUGGUGACAUACUUCCUGAAUGGAUACUCCAACACUGCUGCUACCCCGUCGAGUGCAGGCACUCCUAGUCAAGAGCCGAGCUAGAUGCGUGGGCAUGUUGGUACCAAGCUUUAGGGUUCUGAAGGCUCUCUGCAGUAGACCCAGUAUUAACAUCAUGCCAUUGGAGACCUCUGUCUUAGAGGUGGGAAAACACUCUGCCAUUCAGAGAAGGGUCAUGAAAUUCUUGUACGAAAGUGAUAAAUUCUGACAUGGUGACUGCACAGAAUGUUUUAGGUUAACAUGCAGCUGAACACCAAUGACACAUGAUAAACUUGUAGUAUGAAUAAUAUGCACACUUAAAAUGCCUGAUCCUUCAUAACCCUAAAAUUUAGCCUGCCAUAGUGAGUCUACAGAACUGCUAACUGAAGCAUCAAGAAGGUGGCAGAUGGCUGUACCACAUGCCUCGAAUGAAAUGAAAAUGUGUGCCAAAUCCCCCCUCCAUUCAUAUUGUAGAGCUGUAGCUGUCAUCUUUCAACAGGGUAUGUAGUAAAGUUGUGUUUGUAUAUGUGUGUGCGUGCCUGAGGAAGGACAGAGUAUCCCUGGGCCCUUGUGUUUGUGUGUAUGUCUGAAAUAAAAAGGCCAAACUAUCCCUGGAACAUUCUUUCUCUUUCCAUUCUCAUCUGCUGCACUGUGAUUUAUCUUACAAGGUUUUUCCUUUUAGAAACUUCUUAUUUUCAGAAUUGAGGCCAUAAUGCCCUAUCUCGGACUGUGGGAUAUGUUUCUCAGUUUUGGUUCCAGUUCCUUCUAGGCCAGGUUUGUUUUGUGUGUGACUUGCAUCAUCUCAUUGUCUCAGGGGAUUACGUCGUGGAUCCAGUUGUCUAAGGAGUUCUAGGAACAACCAACAAAAUAUGGAUCCUUACAAAAAUAAAUGAAAGCAAAAUCAAAGCAAUGCAUAGGAGUCGGUAUAGUGACAGGCUACAGGCUGGAUUCCUGCGGUUCAAAUCCCAGCAGGGGCAAGAUUUUUCUCUACCCCACAGCGUCCGGACACACACUGGGGCCCACUCAGCCUCUUUACCAAAUGGAUAUUAGUUGCUGUUUCCCUGGAGGUAAAGUGACUGGGGCGUGAAGCUGACCUCUCACCUCCAUCUAGUGAUAAAGUAAAGAGUGGUGGAGCUAUAUGUCCACUCCCCCCAUGUCUUCAUGACAUAGUGCUUUAUUAAUAAGUAAAAGACAAGAAGGUAUUGAAUUAGUAAUGAAAUGACUGGAGAAGUUGGCAUUCAGAAUUUGUUUAGAGAUAACAAAGAGACUAUUACAAAGAACAGGUGGGACAAGGAUACCAAGAAGAGCAUUAGGAAUAGAAUAUAAAGGAAAGAGACCUGUUGGAUGACCCAAAACAACACAGCUCAGUCAUGUGUUGAAAGACAUCAAGAAGGAUGGAACCAGGUGGCAAGAAGCAAGAAAUAAAUGUUGUGGGAAGAGGAAAUAGACUGCACACUUUUCAUCUGUUGGCCUACAUAAAAUGAAAACAAUGCUAGGAGAAGAAGUUCUGAUAUAUUUUAUUGUAUAUUAAAUGUUUCUGCAAAAUUAAUGUUCAAAAUCAAACUUGAGAUUGAGCUAAGAAUUUUGAAGACUUCAUACCAAUUUAAGGGAAUCUGUUGGAGUAAAAACAAACUACUCCCACAGCUAGCUAAUGUUUAUGAAUGGUUACUGCCUGUGAAAACAUGCUGUAUAUUGGAAAAGCCUCGUAAGAUAAACAAAAUUAAAUAAGAUGUAAUAUCAGGAGCUUCUAAGGUGCUUGUGAGUUGGUGAGUGCUCAGGGUUCUCAGGGCUUUCUCCCUUGUGAAAGACUGUUGUAUGUUGGUCCAUCUCCCCAUGUAUGUUAGUUACUCAUGAGCGGUGCAGUUAAUUGUGUUGCCUGCAGUGAUGCUACAUUUGUGUAGUUUUAUUUGUUUGUUGGUCUUUGUAUGUCUAUAUGAUAAACAGCUUCUCUAGACAUCUAUGUCAAGUAGAAACUGGAAAUGUGACACAGUCUUCAGAAAUAUAUACUCACUUUUAUUCUUUUAGGACACAAAGCCUGAAUGUACUUCUGUCUGCUCACUGUGUCCUCUAGACCAGUGUUUCUUGACCCCUGGGUCACGACCCAAUACCGGGCCCUUGUCUUAUAAAAAAAUUUACUGGGCCAUGGUCUCACAGAGGUUGAGAUACACAGCUCUGGACCAACCCCAAAUAUAUUUACUUCUAGUUUGUUGCUUUUUUUUUUCCCCCCUCUCCACUGAUGCUCUAUAUGCUCAUGUUAUGUGUUCCUUGAACAUUUCAAUCUUCAGGCUUUUGCAGAGAAUAUAAGCUGAAGAAGCAGUGAACCCCCUUUCCUAGGCAAAAUUGAAAGAAUGAAAAAAAGAAAUAGUAAAGCAUUAAACACUGACAAAAAUUGCAGCCCUCAGAAAAUAUGUUUAAAAAAUCUAUCUCAGUAACAGGCCAUAGAGGCCCAUAGUGCUGUGAGACAUCAAGGCACCCACAUUUUUCUAGAAAGUUGGCUCACAGAUGGCAGUGAAGUUGUCAGCCUUACACACCAGCCACCCUUUGGCCCUAGGAACAUUCCUAGUGAGUUCUGUUAGAGACUGAGUUGACCCCAGGAUCAUAGUGCAGCUGGAAGGAUUAGAUCACUUAAAAUAUCCAGUGCCCUUAUUGGGAGUCAAAAUGUUGUAACUUAUUUAUGAAAGAAUAUUCCUUCUUGUGCUUGUGGUAUAUCAACAACGAAUUAUGAUUAUGAAAAAUAUUGAAUGAGUGCUAUCUUUUGGAAUAUGACACCAUGUAGUCUGGUAGGAGUUCACUAACAUUUCCAAAGAGUAGAUGGUUAUUCUCUGGCCCUUGAAAUAGAAGCGGUAUAUUCUUCCGAAAUUUCUACCAGACUACACGGCGUGACAUCUUCACUCUUCACAUUUACUGCUGUGGUUACCUCAAAUCUCAAACAUAGGCUCUGCAUUAGCCUAGAACUGCCAUGAGACCCUGAAAUCAUCUAAAAUGGAGAAUGUUUUCUACAGGAAUAUAAAAUAGCAAUAACUGUCUCAUAUUUACAAAAAAAAAA